AUGGCCGAAGAUACCUCUUCACACAAGAUGGUAACAACAAAUCACAGGCGCAGUCGCACCAAAUUCACAGAAGAUCAAUUGAAAAUCCUCAUCAAUACCUUCAAUCAAAAGCCUUACCCAGGUUACGCUACCAAACAAAAACUUGCUUUAGAAAUCAAUACAGAAGAGUCCAGAAUCCAGAUUUGGUUUCAGAAUCGAAGAGCUAGGCAGAGAUUCCAGAAAAGACCAGAAGCUGACACUUUAGAGUCAAGCCAUAGCCAGGGGCAAGAUCAACCUGGUGUAGAGUUUCAAAGUAGAGAAGCCAGACGGUGUCGUACCACCUACAGCACCUCUCAAUUACACACUCUCAUCAAGGCGUUUGUGAAAAACCCAUACCCUGGGAUUGACUCCAGAGAAGAACUUGCUAAAGAAAUCGGUGUUCCAGAGUCAAGAGUCCAAAUUUGGUUCCAAAAUCGAAGAUCUAGAUUACUUCUCCAGAGAAAAAGGGAACCUGUGGCUUCCUUAGAACAAGAAGAGCAGGACAAGAUUCCUGAGGGACUGCAAGGUACAGAAGAUACACAAAACGGCACCAACUUCAGUAACGACUCUCGUUUCUCUGGAGCCAGAACGUGGUGAACAUAGUCAAGUUCAGUGUACUCGAUAUUAUCCAUUGGGCCCCAAAUCUCUCUCACACUCUUUCUGGGAGUCUGUCCUUCUGUUGAAAC